AUGGGCUGCAAUACUUCUAACAGGGUCGCUGUAGCACAGCUGCCUUCUGAGGAGCUAGAGAAGAACCAAGAAACCAAAAGCCAGACUACAAGUGCCAGCAUUGCUAGAGCAGGGGCUGUCACCUCAUGGGAUGGGGCAGCUUGGCCAGUGGGCACUUCAGAGAGAGGAAGCAAAGUUGAAGACAAGGCCAGAGAAGGAGACUCCCCUGAAGAAUUUGCAGAAAGAUUUACACCUUCUCAAAAAAGAAGCAAUGUGCAAAGCACAGAUGCACUGCUCACCAGUGAGUUCAUCAGUCAAUCACGGCCCUUACAAGAAAUAGAGAGACAAAAAUCAUCAGACAUUCUUGAGGAGCUGAGGAUGCAGGGGAUAAUCAGGAGCCAAAGCACUACUGCCAGGACUGAAGAGGUGUAUGAAAACAAGAGAGAUGCCCUGGAAGAGACAUUGAAGAAGCCACCAGCUAGGCUAGAAAAAAUUUGGUGAAAACAAGUAGAUGAUUUUACAGAGAAGGACAUGAAGAUUUUUACUGAACAGAAAAAACAGAUUAGAGAAGAGGAACUGAGCAAUACAGCACAACACACUGCAUUUUUUCCAGCAAUUGCCCACCAAACUACAGGUGAACAGACUGAGAAGGACUGCAUAAGUUGCGGAAGUCAUGGAGGGACAGACACCCCUCAGCCCUCACCUUUAGAUGAGGAGCCUGGUGUACUGAUAAAGGAAAUAACUGCAGGAGAAGCCACAAAUGAUUACACUGAGGGCUCUACCAUUGAGUCUGAUAUAACUUACAACUGCAUCAAUGAAACAAUCUGGAUCUAA